GCAUGCUCCGCGCGGCACAACGGCUGCAUAGCGCGCGACCGCAACUUGUUGAUUGUUCACUCACUUCGCGCCAGUCUGUCGCGAGCGAUGCGCUGGGAGGUUGUGUCUCGCGCCGCCGCCGCUCUCGUCAACUUCGAACUUGUCUAUCGGAAAUAUGUGAAGUUUCCGAACUUAAACUCGUGCAGAACUCCCGUACCGUUCGCUUUUAAUUAUGUUUAGUUAUCUUCAGACGUGUUUAAAGUGUAGUUUAGCGUAUUGAAACUUAAUAGGCUCACCGUUCCACUUUACCUGUGCUCGUCCCACGACCGUGCGAAGCGGCUACCUUAUCGGAUAAAAUAAACGAACAUUUUUCAAAUGGAUGUGCUUGAGUUCUGUGAUAGUGUGCGUGGUUUGUGCGAUUACGAGACCUCGUGAGUGCUUCAGUGACAAGUCGCUUUAGCGACGUGUAAGAAAUAAUAAAGUUAAGUUAUACUUGAAGAAUGUGGCGGGAAAGUCGAUGGGCGACGUUGCUGCUGCUGGGAUCGCUCGCAGUGGCGUCGGCGCAAUUCAAUAAAGCCCGAGAACACACAUCACACCACGUCACGAGACUAAGGCAUUCCAGACACCUCCAAGGGAACACACCUAAUAUAUACACAGCAUCCUUCGCCGGGACAUCACCCAAACUGGCCGUGAAGGACAACCACAAACCCCUGUUCACCGAGUGCCUCACCUACCGACCCACCGUUCAGGAGGAGCAGCCGCAAGGGACCUAUGUUUUUACGGUGCACGCUGAAGACCGGGAUCCCCCUGAGAUGGGAGGGACUGUCACGUACAAGUUCGUGUCCACUCAAGGCGAGAAGGAGCGGUUCCACGUCGACCCUGAGACUGGCAGAAUCACUACAGCUGAUGUUUUCGAUCGAGAUGAACCGUCCAGAGAGAAAGAAGCGUAUAUCACUGUGCGAGCGAGUGACAAUGGGCAACCACAGUUAGACGACGCUUGCACCAUCAAAAUAGUCAUCGAAGAUACCAAUGACAACCAGCCAGUGUUCGACAAAGUUUCAUAUUCGGAAUCCGUGCCUCAAGACCUGCCGAGCGGGCGCGAGGUGAUGAGGAUAUCAGCGACAGACAUCGACGACGGGAACAACUCCAUCGUCCACUACAGCCUCGACACCAACUCGCCGGACCAAGCUUAUUUCUAUAUAGACCCCGACAACGGAGUCAUAUUCUUAAAUAAAACUAUUGAUAAAGUGCCUGGCUACAAAUUCAAGUUGAGCGCAAUAGUGAAGGACAUGGGCGACCCGCCGCAGCAGAGCUCCAUAACUUUGGACAUCCAAGUGGUGGAGUCUAACAAGAAAAGUCCUUCCUUCAUAGAAGUUCCAGAUGGGCCGAUAAGAUUAAAAGAAAAUUAUGCGGAUUUCAAUGCGCAUAUAGCUACAGUUAGAGCAGUUUCAAAUAUCCCCGAAGAGAAGAAACUUCUGUUCGAACUUGUGAUGGGUCAGACUGAACAGACGAACAAAUGGCACACAUUCGUAUUAGAGUCUGAAGCCGACACAGCUUAUAUUAAGCUGGGGAACCAUUUAGACUUCGAAAAAAUUACAGAUUAUACUUUAACAGUGAGAGUACAGAAUAAUUAUAACUUAGCGGCAGAAACUAUAAUUCAAAUAGAAGUAGAAGAUGUAAACGAUAACAUUCCUAUAUUCAGUGAAGUAAGAUCAGGCAGUGUUCUAGAAAACGAACCUCCAGGCACACCUGUCAUGCAAGUCAGAGCUUUUGACGCUGACGGAACUUCAGCAAACAAUCAAGUGACUUACGAACUUGCUGAUCCUUCAGACCCUUUCUCCAUCGACAGUAUCACUGGCAACAUCACCACACUUAAAGAGUUCGAUAGAGAAGAACAAACAUACUACAAUAUCAAAAUUAUUGCCACUGACAAUUCUGAAUCUGCUCUGAUUCCUGGGAAACACAAUUCAGGCCAACAAGUGUUUAGGAUAGAGAUAGCUGAUAAAAACGACAAUCCGCCUCAUUUUACACAGGAUACUUAUAUUGCUGAGUCGAUAGCAGAAAACGCUAAUAUUAACGUGUUGGUGACACAAGUUUUGACCGUGGACAAAGAUUCAGCUUCCAAUGUCUCCUUUAGCAUCGUCGCCGGCAACACCUACGACGCUUUUGUGAUCAGCCCCAUCACAGGCGAAAUAAGAGUGAACAACAAACUCGACUACGAAAACAUUACCAGCUACAGUCUUGAUGUCCGCGCUUUUGACGGCCUGUACGAAGACUACGCGAAAGUUAUUAUCAAUAUCGAAAACUUGAACGACAACCCGCCUAUAUUCGUAGCCAAUUAUUCCAAGACCAUUGAAGAAGAGAAGUUAUAUGAAGGUUGUAUGGUUAAGGUUGAAGCAUACGAUCCAGAUAUCAAAGACCGUAAUGCUCCGCAAAACAUACAUUAUUCUUUAGUAAAACACGAACAAAAGGAGUUUCUCAAAAUCGACGAUGAUGGAUGCCUUCGACUGACGAAGCCUUUGGACCGGGACCCCCCCACCGGGUAUUCAACCUGGCAGGUCCUCAUAGUGGCCGCUGAUCAAGGUGGCAAACUCGGUUCAGACAGCUUGAGAUCGACCACAGAAGUCAUUCUGCAGUUGACGGACAUCAACGACAACGCACCCUUCCUGACUAAUACGGAGCCCGUAAUCUGGUACGAGAACGAGCCGCCAGGUGAGGUGGUCACCCUGACGGCGAAAGACUACGACUCUAAGGAAAACGGACCCCCGUUUACCUUCGCACUAAACGAUUCCGCCUCUUCGUUGGAUAUUCGCUCGAAAUUCCAGAUUCAAGGAAACAAGCUAUGGACCCUAGUGUCGUUCGAUCGCGAAGAACGAAAAGAGUACAGAAUACCCGUCGCCAUCACGGACUCCGGGACACCCAGGAUGACUGGGGUGUCCAUACUGCACGUGGUCAUUGGGGACAAGAACGACAAUCCUAUGGCGUCGGGGCAUAGCAACAUCUUCGUUUACAACUAUAGGGGCGAAGCGCCAGACACAGAAAUCGGUCGCGUGUAUGUCUUGGACCCUGAUGACUGGGACUUGCCAGACAAGAGGUUCAUGUGGCUGCCGUCGUACGAGCGGAGGAGCCCGUACUUCGACGUCCACAGCAACACUGGAAUGAUAACCAUGAAGACUGGGACGCCGAACGGCACUUAUAUGCUGAAGUUUAAUGUGACAGAACAGAACGAGCCAAUCGUCCCAUUCCACUGGGUGGAGGCUACAGUGAAUGUGACCAUCAAGGAGAUACCUGAGGAGGCUGUGGACAAGUCCGGCUCCAUCAGGUUCAUCAACGUCACCGCUGAGGAGUUCAUCGUCGACGAGGGUGAUGGUUCAAGCAAAAAGGACAAACUGCAUCACCGUCUAGCGAAGCUGUACAACACGUCUUUGGACAACGUGGACGUAUUCACGGUGUUUAACAAGCCUACAGUGAAAGAUGCGUUCCUUGACGUGAGGUUCUCUGCGCACGGCUCGCCGUACUAUCCGCCAGAGAAGCUGGAUAGCAUGGUCACUACGAUACAGGAGGAGUUGGAGAAAGAGCUGAAUGCCAGAAUCUACAUGAUCAACAUCGAUGAGUGCAUGGUCGAGAAGGUCGAAUGCGAGGACUCGUGCCGCAACGUGCUGAUGAAGAACAACGUGCCUCUGUCUGUGUACACGAACACCAGCAGCUUCGUCGGCGUGUCCGCGAGGGUUGAGCCAGAGUGCACGUGUGAAGUGGAGAGCAGGAUCGUGUGUUUGAAUGGAGGCACACCGUUCGCCGACAAAUGCGAAUGCCCCGAAGGCCUCACCGGCCCCCGUUGCGAGCAGACCUCCAUUGGCUUCCACGGAGACGGCUGGGCCAUGUACCCCCCACCCCCGGCCUGCCACGAAGGCCACAUGACCCUCACUGUGACGUCACACACCAGCAACAGCUUGGUCUUCUAUCUGGGGCCCCUCAAGUACAAUCCUCUGCUGGAUGUUCAAGACUUCCUGUCCCUGGAACUAGUCGACGGCUACCCGAUCCUCCUGGUGAACUACGGCUCCGGCACCACGAGGCUCAACAACAGCGUCGUCCACGUCGCCGACGGCAAGCCUCACCUCAUCGAGAUAGUCCUCAUGAAGAGCUCCAUAGAGAUGUUCGUGGAUCGGUGCAAGCUGUCCACUUGUAUGAGCCUGGCGGCGCCUAUUGCACCGAGGGAGAUACUUAAUGUGAAUGGACCCCUUCAAUUGGGUGGAGCGACCAUCGACUUCAGACAUCUAGCACACCAGUUUGGCUGGCAGCACAUCCCCACCAACCAGCAUUUCGUUGGCUGCAUCAGCAACUUCACGUACAACGACUAUUAUUACAACCUCGGCGAGCCCUCUGUGCACCGCAAGGCGGACCCCGGCUGCCAGCUCAGCGUCUCCACGGCGGUCACCUUUGGCAUCGACACCAAUUUCCUGGUCGCCAUCUUGGUCUGCAUAGCUAUCUUAGUCAUCCUACUUCUAGCAGUGGUCGUCCACCGGCGCCGAGCGGACGCCUGGGCCGAGAAGGAACUGGAUGACAUCAGGGAAAACAUCAUCGCUUACGAGGACGAGGGUGGCGGCGAGGGGGACGCUGGCUACGACCUCCACGUGCUCAGGCAGAUGUACGAUGGGCCGCCGCCGGAUCAGGAUGGCACGUUCAUGCACGCACCAGGUGUAGUAGGCGCAGCGCCAGAUAUCUCCGGUUUCCUGGACGACAAGAAGUCCGUUUUGGACCGCGACCCCGACAUCAACCCGUACGACGACGUGCGACACUACGCGUACGAGGGAGACGGCAACACUAGCGGCUCGCUCUCCUCGCUCGCCAGCUGUACGGAUGACGGUGACCUAAAAUUCAACUAUCUAUCAACUUUCGGCCCUCGGUUCCGAAAACUAGCCGACAUGUACGGCGAGCCCGAGGACGAGCGCGCGCCCCACGAGGAGUCAUGGUGCUAGCACCACGCCUGGCUCGUGUAGCCACCAAAAUCCACCCUUAUAUGACUCUUACACAAGGCCCAAAGCCCUGUGAGUGAAUAGACCAAGCUUCGAGAUGCCUUAUCGCUUCACGGCGUUUGAUUUCGACACCGUAGCCUGUGUUCCAAGUGAAAUUUAAGUGUUUGGACCCACCGUUGGAAUAAGUUCCCUGUUAAGAGCAGAAAAUCGAUCUAUAGGUAAUUAAGAAGCCUGUGAUAAUUAAUGCGUUUUAUUUUACAAGCACAGGAACUAAAGAGUUCCAUUAUGAGUAAAGCUAUGACUUUAAGGUUAGCUAAUAUUACGCCAUUUUUUGAGUUAUAUUUUUUUACUUUUGUGUAAAGGUUUUAUACGUCUUCCAUUCAUUUCUGAGCUGAAUUCUUCUUCUUGAAUUUUUCUUAGUUCUUAUUCUGCCGAUAUUAAAUCCUAAAAUAUGUAUAAUAAAACACGGUCCGAAGUUAUACCUAGUUAUUCUCGGAAUAUCAAAACAACUGGAAAACCUGACAGCUCAGAAAUAAAUUGAAUUGUAAUGAGCCUACCAACUUAAUAUCCCAUUUUGAACCUUCGCGUAACAUCACUUAAGAAUAU